AAAAGGCAGUUGAGAAAGCUGAAAUAGCUGGAAGACGAGUUCUGGUAAGGAGUUUAGUUAGUGUUUGGAGCUAGACUGAAUCAUUUAGUAUUACCACCAAGAAGGUGCCUUCGGAUUUGAAUGUAUAUAUAAACAGGUACAUAGAUGGUAGAAUUAAAGACAUUGGUAUUCAACUAGGGUUGUAGCAAUUGAUGAUGGUAUCCUAUCCCGAUCUUCCUAAUCGUAAUAAGACCAAUUAUUGCAGUAGUCAGUAAUGGAUUGCUAGCGAUAUGAAGCUGGAGAAAUCAUCGGAGCCCACAAAAAAGCUCAGUGUCAAGUUUGUUAACAGAUUGAAGGUGAAAUUCAAAUACUAUGACUUUGAGAUUACAAAAUUCAAGGAAGUUUAUAUACCAGAAAGCAGAUUAACUGGUGCAUUGAAUGAUGUGUUGGGGGGUAGGAAACUGGUAAUCUGUGCCAUUGAAGAACGUUUCUUAUGAUCGAGACUGCGUUUCAAGAGAGUUUGCAUUGAUUAGCACAGCAAAAAAAAGCUAAGAUAGGGAAUGAGCUCAGGAGCAGAGAAGGUGCUCCAGAAAGACAGCAGAAGGAACAGAACAACUACUGUUGUGUUUGUGAUGACGCCAAUUAUAUCGCCGUCCCGAUUAGGAAAGUAUCCAUCUCCCGUCAUGCGGUCAAGAUGCGCCUUGCACAGGCUACCAGGCAGUGCACUGCUUUCGAAAGCGUGUUUACCGAACCAAUAGAAAC